AUGGCACCCAGAGCUAAAGCAAUUGAUUCCUCCUCAAAGAGUAAGGGACUCAUUGAGAAAGAGGAUAUCUUUCCCACUAUCGUUCAUUUAAACCCCAUCACCCCUCUACAGAAUUCCCUUCUCAACUCUCCUUUCAAUUCUAACCUCGAAAAAGAUAGCGAAUCUCAAGCUGAGCAUGGCCUGAAAGAAUCAAUUGACCCACAGUUGAUGCAAAACAACGCCAUCAAUCCUUCUCUCGCCACAGAUUUUAAUCACCCAUUUUCUUUGGAGGUUGAUCCUUCACUCAAUCUGAGUUCAAGUUUUCCAGAGUCCGUCCCAGAUUCAUAUUCGAUUAAUUCAGCAAAUCAAUACGAGCCAAAUAGCGAGUUUGCUGAGUAUAUCCCUGAUCCAAAGGAUUGCAAUUCAUUCCAUAUUGAUCACAUUGGAGCCCCUUCAUCUUUCCGCCUCGGCAACACAAACGACCAUGUCGAGUUUCAAAAGUCAUCUACAAAGGUGCCAUUUGUUGAUCCUAUGCAUCCACAUGCGCACCUGAAGCAUGUGGCUGUGUUUUGCUGCCAGUCUCCUACCUGUGUACAGGAGUGCAAAGCUGACUAUAAGUAUGCGACUCGCCAAUUUACAUUGUACUACUCCCGACAAUCAAUUGAGGAGCCAUUGUACAGUGGUCGCAAGCGUGUUCUGCCACAGACAGACAAUCCAGAUCAUCGUAUUCCAAUGCUUCUUCUUUCUGGAGCUCGCGUCUACAGGGUCGACAAGCUGGGAGAGAAUCCGGUCGUACGACUUUUUGUUGGUGACAUCAUCAACCGCAAAAAGAAGUAUUGGGAGGUUUUGCCGGGAGGCGCAGUUGACCAGUUAGGAUGGAUUCAGGAGUUAAGAGAUACGGCAGCUCCUGCGGACCGAUGUAGUGCUUGGAAGUGCACCACCCAUGGAGAUAUCUGGAAUGUUAGUAUCUUAGAUCAUCUUUUCGACAAUGGUGCCGAAAAUACUGGUACGUUGGGAACCGACUACGACAGUGGUUAUGCAAGCUCUUCUAGUCGGAUGGGAAAUUCGUCAAGAAAAGUAUCAUCUACAUUUGGCGACAACAAUGCCGCGUUCAAUACGAGUCCUGUUACUCCUGUCAACUACUCAGUUGGCGACAAUAAUGCGAGUUUCAAGAUGAGUCCAGUAACACCCACCAUGUCCUCGUUCGACGGUUACAACAUGAUUUUUAAUAUGAGUCCAACUACACCUACAAGCUACUCAAGUGGUGACCAACAUGGCCCAGCAACUCCCAUUCGCAAUCCCAAGCCUCGCCGUAACCGACACCGCAAUCUCAGUCAUGGCGCUAACAAGAUGAGCUCAAGUGUCAAUAACAAUUCCCUUGAACAAAUAGAGGAAGAUCUUGAGGACUUCGAGAUCAGCGGCGACGUUGCCGAAUUCCUUGAGCUCAACAGCUACGCCAGUACCAGUGGUUGCGACUUUAUGCAACCCCAGAGUCAAAUGUGGGAUGACGAUCUCCUCAAUGAGGUCAAUACUUUUAUCGCCGAUGGAAUCAACUUUGGCGAAUCUGUUGAACAUACUAUUGAAUACGACUUCGAUGCUAUUUGA